UUUUAGCCGCUAACACGCUGCAUGUAAAUUUUUGACCCUCCUGUAUCAAACCGGAUGUAAUUUCCUAUCCAAUAUCUACGCUGUCUAUAUUCGCCUAUGGUCUCUCGUUACGUUACUUACCUAUCUUACUGUCUCUACUAUUGGGUUCUUGAUUCACAUCGCAUCAUUCUGCCUGGUUUCCUUUGCGCCCAUGUGUUCCCGCCCUCUGCCAACGAUUGGAGAAUGUGUAUUGGGUCAUAAUCUUUUGGUCAAAGCCAAUUCGGUUGCCGCGGCGUAGCGGAUUAGCUAGAUCAGUCAUCACGUUCACGCGUGUUCAUCGAGGCUUGUUGCUUGCCUGCUGUAUCUCUCCCUCUCCUCCACUGAGCACGACUUCAGGCCUUGAGGCCGUGUCUAUUGCGUCACUGUUUUGUUGCAUACGCGCAAGCUCUUCCUCAAACCAUGACCGACCGAUAUUCGGACCAAGAGGCUGCGCCCCUCCUGAGAAAUGACGAUGAAGACGCCGGAAGUGAGAGCGAGCCCUCGCCGACCUUUGCUGAGCGGGUCAGCGCGCUUGCGCAAGAGCCGCUGACUCCUCUCAACCAAGUUCUCCUCGUCCUGGCGCUCGUCCUUCUUCUCUUGUGCUCGGUGUUCCUGGGAUUAUUCUUGGGAGAAUACACUAAGCUGCAGAGACAUGUGGAUGAGCCUCAGUCUACGCUCACCGUCACUGCGACUUCCACUCAAACCGUGACUGCUACAGCCUCUCCUCCGGGACCUACUUCUCCUCCCGCAGAGGCUGUCUGUCUUACUCCGGCAUGUAUCGAGCUUUCGGCUGCUAUCAUGUCUUCUAUGGACCAGUCGCAAGAUCCCUGCGAGGACUUUUUCCGGUUCACCGGUGGAGGAUGGAUAUCUGCGCACCCGCUUCCAGCAGACAAGGGCAGCGUCGGACAAUUCGAGAGUCUCGGUCAAGCCAACAAGCGCAUCCUGCAGGACCUUCUCGAGCGACCCGGAGCAACGGCGGCGUUUACCUCCACAGACGACGAGAAGCUGCUGCAGAAGUUGCGCGGGUUCUACGACUCUUGCUUAAAUGAGAACCUGCUCGAUGACCUUGGCACUGCGCCUCUGAUCCAUUUCGCCAAGACGCUGCAGAGUUUGUAUCGUGGAGACAGCCUCGAGACCACGCAAGAUGGGUUGAAGAAGAACGGGCUCACUGCUGCAUUGGCUUUCUUGCAUACACGAGGUAUCACAUCUUUCUUCGCCUUCGAAAUUGAAGGCGAUGUCGGGGUCGACCCCAAUUUCAUGGUACCCCAGUUUGACCAAGCCGAUCUGGGUCUUCCAUCCAAAGAGUACUAUGAAGAAGAGUCCAUUGUGGAAGUAUAUCAGGGUGUGGUCGAGCGCCUGCUCUUCACUCUCUCUGAAGAGGAGGAAAAGCUACAAGCGUUGCGAUCAUCCGUUCUCGUUGAGAAUGCACCUUGGCCAUCUUGGCCCUGGCCCCCAUGGGAUGAUGAGCCCGAGGAGAAGAAGCCCAACCGUUCAGAUAUCGCACACCAGAUGGCAAAGAAGGUUAUCGCGUUUGAAACCAAGAUUGCAAAUGCUUCCCUCGAUGGCGACCUAUACCAGGACCCUUUCUUCGUUUAUAACCGCGUUCCGCUCUCCAAUCUCUCCGAGUCGCUGCCCCAAGUCAACUUCAACGAGUACUUUGCCACGUUCACUCCUCGGAACUUUCCCGAAAACGUGGUGGUUGCAUCGCCUAAAUAUGCUUCAGACCUUUCGGAGAUUCUGGCCGCCACUGACUCAGAAGUCAUCGAGUCUUAUCUAAUUGUCCGCGCAGCUCUCAAUCUGGCUCCGAAUCUGGGGAUGGCCACUGAGGCCUGGCAGGCGCAGCGCACUCUUCUUGAGACGUUGACUGGCAUCAAGAAAGGCGCAGUCGGUGACCGGGCGGAGUACUGUAUCGGCAAGCUCGAAGGCGCGCUAGGUUUUGCGGCCGGCCGCUACUUUGUGAACGAGACUUUCGGUGGUGAUUCGCAAGAGAAGGCGGCCAAGAUCAUAACAGACAUCAUCGAAAGCUUCAAAGAGUCUUUGCCCAAUGUUUCUUGGUUGGACGAACCUUCAGCCGAAGCUGCUGCUGAGAAGGUUUCGCUCAUUCUUCCAUAUCUACAAAAUCACCACUCACCUGUCCGGCAUAGGCUGAUGCUAUCAAGGUCAAGGUUGGGUACCCCGCCUAUCCGAACACCUUGAAUCCGAGCUCGCUUCUGGCUUACUAUGGAAUCGUCAACAUUGAUGAGCGUGACUACUUCGGCAAUAUGCUCUCAGCCAC